CUGUGAUCGGCUUUUUGCCUUCAAUUUAUUUUAAUUUGCCUAUCAUCGGGCUUCAUAAAAGCGUUGUCAGCGAUGAAUUGUUAUCAAAGUUAUAAAUGAGUUACUUUCAAUCUCUUAUAUGUGCGUAGUUUAAGCUCCAGUCAUGCUUCUGCGGCUGCCCAUUUUGGCCGCCCGCUUUCUUCACAAUGGAAGACUGCGCAUUCUUUUCGGCGUCCUCAUCCUGGUGCUUGUUGGGGGCCUUGUGUACAUAUACUCAUGGGAUAAUGAUUACUAUUUGUGCUUCAUGGAAGGCCAAAAAAUGGUAACACAGCAGGUGGUAGACGCAGAUGCGGAUACGAGCUUAUUGGAGGACGUAUUGCUCGCAGACCCAAAGCCCGUACCCGGAAGGAGCAUCUUCUUUCACGAGACCAGUUGCCACCUGUCCACGAAUAAGGAGCUAGAGGCGCUAAGGGUCACCUCCCGCCAGGCCUGCGCAAUUGAGUCUGCAGCAUUGCAUAAUCCGAAUUUCCAAGUGUUUGUCCUUUUCGCUGGCCCCACCUAUCGAAUCUCCGCUGCCGGUCGCAAUAACAGCCAACCUCAAUCUUUGGUGGAGGCCAUUCUUAGCUACAGUAAUGUGCAUUUGCGACGUCUGAGUCUCGGGAGCUACGCUGCCGGCACGCCCAUGGAGGAGUGGCUUCAAGAUGGCCGUUUGUCCAGCUCAAGGUACUUGUUCUCGCACAUAUCGGACUUCCUGCGCUAUCUCACUCUCUAUCGGUAUGGGGGCCUUUAUCUGGAUAUGGAUGUGGUGGUGCUGCGCAAUAUGGAGAAGGUGCCGCCCAAUUACACGGGUGCUGAGUCCAAUACUCACUUGGCCGCUGGAGUAAUGAGCUUGGCAGCCACCGGCUUUGGCCACGAGAUAGCCUCGUCUUGUCUGCGCGACUUUCAACACAACUUUAACGGACAAGACUGGGGCAACAACGGGCCAGGGGUGAUAACUCGGGUGGCCCAAAAAAUAUGUGGUACCAAAGACAUUACUCUGAUGCAGGAGGAUCCAAAGCGCUGUAUGGGUUUUAAAGUAUUCGGGCGGGGCGCAUUUUACGCCGUGCCAUGGAAGAAGUGGCGUGACUUUUUUGACCCUGAAAAGUUAGAGAGCACACUGGCCAGCUGCAAGGAUUCGUAUGUGGUGCAUGUGUGGAACAAGCACUCCAGCACACUGCCUAUCAAAAAAGGCUUAAAGAGCGCCUACGCCAUAUAUGCCGAACAAAACUGCCCGCGGUCCUUUAAGGCGGCGGGUGAAUAUUUUUAGUAUUAUCUCAUUGAAGGCUUGAGUUGAUUAAUUCAUGCUUUUGUAAAAAAAUGCUUAUCGCUGCAAGCCAAAGAGUCAUCACCCAGUACAGUGCGGCUCUGUUCGCUGGCAUUGCACUUUGUUUGCGUCCCGCAUUUCAAACUAUAUUAGCGUAAUCAAACGCACACACAGCUAAAGUAAACCAAGGAAUGAGAAUUCACUUAUUUAUGAUUGGGGUUCGCAUUUUGUCCGAAUUACACAAUAUACACAUUAGCACAAACUUAUAUUAUUAAAAAAAUUGCAACGAUCAAAAUGAACAAAAGUAGGUGCUGUAUAGGUAAGGUUAUUACUCCCACUGUGUUUAAGUCAAAUGUCCAAUUCGCCGUCAUGUACAUAUUUACUAUUUAAGCAAGGAAUAUUAUUCAAAUACAAAAAUGGUAAUAGAACUGUAA